AUGAAUCAUCCAACAGUGCACACCCUCGGAAGUCUGAUCGGAAGUCAUACGGAUGCAUCAUCGUCAUCCUCGAUGAAUCCUCACCACCAAUCAGUUAAUACAGUUGCAAAUACAUUACCCCAUUAUUCUUCAAACGAUAAUAGUCGGACAACAAGUAGUACAAUUUCCUCUCCUGCCUUGUCAUCGAGUACUACAUUUGAAUCAUCAAGCACAGCAUUGAAUGCUCCUUCCUCAACAACAAGCGUAGUCACUGUUUUUGCUCCGAUGGAAGCAUCUCAAGUAAGAAUGAAAUUACGAGCACAACGUAAAAAGAAACAUGUAUCCUUCACAAAAGAUGUAGAGGAUAAUGAGCAUAAACAAAUGAAAACUUCAAAAAAAUGUUGCAUAUUUCACCGUAAGAAAGCAUAUUAUGAAAGUGACACAGAAAGCGAUUCCAGUGACGAUGAAGAGAAUUCUCCAUGUCCUGAAUGUGGAAAAUAA